AAGCUGAGUGUGUGGAGCAGGAGGGCAGCGCUCGGGCUUCCAGGCUGCACAAGAAUAUACACUGAUGUUUUAAUCAGCGUUAUAGAUUAGUUUUUACACGCUUUUAUCAAGGCAGCUGACGUGACGGCGUUGUAAAUGGUUUGAGUUUGUCGCUGAUGUGAAAGCGUUUCCGUUAUGCGCCCCUGAUAUCAUCUCCGUUAUCUCUGAAAAGGCGCGUUCACGCCGGAUCUGAAGCGAUUUGCGCGUGCAUGUUACAGUCUCUAUUAUUCACGAGCAAGUUUUAUUCAGUUAAAAAGUGAAGUAUUGAUGAUGAUGAUUUAUUAGUGUCUGCUUAGGAAGGAAACGCAGCAAGAGAAACAGGACAGCUGUAAAAUCCGGCAUGGAUUACUUCCUGGACUUUGAGGAGUGCAUCCGGGACUCUCCGGCGUUCAGGCUGUCUUUGGAGCGGUGUGAGAAUGAUCUAGAAGAGUUGGAGAGUCGCAUGGAGAAGGUGACGAGGUUGUGUAAUAAGAUGGUGGAUGAUGGUCAGGUGUUUUGUUCAUCCAAUCAGCUCUUCCUGUCUGCACUGGCUGAGCUCACGUCACAUCAUAAAAACAACACUGUUAUAGAGGAUUGUCUGCAGCAGUUUAAUCAGGCUCUGCAAGAGAUGAUCCACUUCCACACAAUGCUGCUUGACCAGACUCGGAGAGCGAUCACACAGCAACUCACAAACCUACUAAUGCAGUUCCUCCCCCCACUGCGUUCCGCUCGCUGUGAGUGUGUACGGAUCAGAGAUGAGCUGAACACGGCACUGCUUAAGAGUGCUCAGGUUCCACAGCACAAAGUGGCUGAAGCAGAGCGACACACGCACCUGCUGCUCGCCACACGCAAGUGCUACACACACUGCAGCCUGGACUACUGCCUACAGCUUAAUAAUUUCCUGACUCAGCAGAAGCUGGACACGCUGAACUCAGUUUUCUCCUUUUUUAACGCGCAGAACACAUUUUUUCAUCAGGGCUUUGACCUGCUAAAAGAUCUGGAGCCCACCAUGAAGAUCAUGGCAGCUGAGCUGUCUCGACUCUCUGCUGAAUGUGUGAACAGAAAGAAGAAGCUGGAACAUCAGCACUUGCUCGUCCAGCAGAGAGAUGCCUGUGGGGAGACUGUGCUGUUCAGUGGAGGAGCAAUUGAAGGAUAUCUGUUUAAACGCUCACGGAGGAAAAACAAGACCUGGAAGAGGUGUUGGUUUUCAGCGACUCAUAAUCAGCUGAUUUACACCAAAUCACACAAGGAGCAGCCACUUGUGCUGUUUGAUGAUCUCCGGCUGUGUGCUGUAAAAUCCCUGGACUCAAUCGAUCGGCGUUUCUGUUUUGAGCUGCUGUCUGUGCAGAAGAGCUGUGUUUUACAGGCAGACUCGGAGGAAUUAAAGAUGGCGUGGAUGAACGCAGUGCAGAGCCGCAUUGACCUGGCAUACAGAGAGAGAGUGCAGUCUGAACACACACAGGUGAAGGAUGGUUCUCUUCCUGCUCCUGUUCCCGCCCCUCUCCCUGGUCCUCUUAGCACCGUUCUCCAUAGCCAUGGUAACCACCGCUGCUGUGACUGUGGGGAGGCGGAGCCUCAUUGGGCCAGUGUGAACCUCGGAAUCACAGUCUGUAUUGAGUGCUCUGGCAUCCACAGGAGUCUUGGUGUACAUCUGUCUAAGGUUCGCUCUCUCACUCUUGAUUCCUGGGACCCUGAACAGCUAAAGCUGUUGUGUGUUCUGGGAAAUGAUGUCGUCAAUGGAAUUUAUGAAUCUCACUUGUCUGAGAUGGAGAAACCCAACUCUGAUAGCUCUCGGCAGCAGAAGGAGGUGUAUAUCAGAAUGAAGUACGUGGAGAAGAAGUUCGUUCAGGGCUGUGACCCUCAUCUCACUGAGACAGUACAGCAGUGGGCAGGACGGAGACUGUAUGAUGCGGCGGUGGGUGGUGACAUCAUCUCCAUGGCUCUGGCUCUGGCUCAGGGAGGCGACGUGAACUGGACUAACGCCGAGGGACGGACGCCUCUGAUUGGUGCAGCGAUUGGAGGUUCAUUAGUGGCGUGCGAAUUCCUUCUGCAGAACGGCGCAAGCGUCAAUCACAGAGACCAACAUGGACAUGCAGCAAUACACACAGCUACAACACGGGGACACACAGGGCAGGUGUGUCUGCUGUUGAAGAGAGGAGCCAAUCAGUACGCAGCAGAUGAAAAGGGAAAGGACCCCCUCACUAUUGCCAUAGAAACGGCUCACGCCGACAUUGUUACUCUGUUGAGGAUGGCUCGUAUGAAUGAAGAAAUGAGAGAGUCUGAAGGAUUUUUUGGAUCCGUGGGAGACGAUGAGACAUUUCAGGACAUUGUCCGUGAUUUCAGUAACAUGGCGUCUCAUGAUCCAGAGCAGCUCUCACGCAGACACUUCAACACUCAGGACGACUCACAGAAAGGACAGAGGGAAGGAAAGACGGCGGAGAAGAGCUGAGGGCGGGAGAUGCGAGAGGUUCUGUCCUGAGGCGAUACGUUCAGCUGUAGUUCUGGUUGAAGGUUUCGGGUUCAAGCUUAACAUUUCAGGUUCUGGGAUUUUUGAGUUCGGCUUUUAGGAAUCAGAGUUGAGGAGGUCCGAUCACUUCCUGUUUCUCUCCGGUGACUAAAGGGGACCAAGAGAUUACUGUAAAGAUGCUAAAUAAUAUACACUUCUUAUGACUGUUCUGAUCAACCUCAACAAUGUGUCUGAAGGUUGUGGGAAAGUUUAGGCACCCCAGGUCAAAAUGUCUGUUACUGUUCAUCGUUAAGUGAGUAAAAGAUCAACUGAUCUCCAAAAGGCAUCAAGUUAAAGACGAAACAUCCUUUUGCACAUUUUAAGCAAGGUUAGUGUACUGUUUUUGUUUUGUACAAUUUUAGAGUGAAAGAAAUGGAAAGGAGCACCAUGCAAAAGUUUGGGCACCCCAAAAGAUUUUCGCUCUCAGAUCACUUUGACCAAAUUCUUGCCCAAAUAUAUACACACACGUAUUAUUGUAUAUAAUGUAUUAUUAUACAUCAUCUAUUUAGAGAAUUAAAAUGUAUAUAUUUUAAAAUCUCAUCUCGUAUGCAGGCGGCACGGUGGUGUAGUGGUUAGCGCUGUCGCCUCACAGCAAGAAGGUCCGGGUUCGAGCCCCGUGGCCGGCGAGGGCCUUUCUGUGCGGAGUUUGCAUGUUCUCCCCGUGUCCGCAUGGGUUUCCUCCGGGUGCUCCGGUUUCCCCCACAGUCCAAAGACAUGCAGGUUAGGUUAACUGGUGACUCUAAAUUGAGCGUAGGUGUGAAUGUGAGUGUGAAUGGUUGUCUGUGUCUAUCACUACGUUCACACUGCAGGCUGAAGUGACUCAAAUCCGAUUUUUUCGCCCAUAUGUGACCUGUAUCCGAUCUUUUAUUGACAAUAUGAACGACACAGAUCCGAUUUUUUCAAAUCCGACCCAGGCCGUUUGGAUAUGUGGUCCUAAUUCCGAUUCCUAUCCGAUCUUUUCAUAUGCGACUUCAGUCUGAACCGCCAGGUCGCAUUCAUCCGACUUGCACGUCAUCAACAAGCCACAAACGUCACUAUUCUGCGCUGAAGUAGGCGGCGGGUCUCUCAAAAAAAGUUACAACAACAUGGCUUUGAUGUUCCUUUGAACGGAGCUUGCAGUCACUACCUCGCAGAACGCCUGAGCCAAAACCCUUGCCCUCUUCCUUCUCAACCUCCUCCUUAAAUUAAGGAGCAAUAAUUGUGCAUGUUCUGGCUCCGUCGCAGCAACAACUGCAUCAUCGCCAGGUACUCCAUGCUGGCUCCUGUCAUACACAGGAAACUUUAGGUUACUUCCGUAAACACUGGCCAUGCUCACUGCGUGUGACGUCAUCGUAUCCUGCAAUGCGCAUGCGGAACACUUUUAGGUCGCUUUUCGUUCAUACUGAGGAUCACAUACAAGUCGCAUAUAUUUAUUAAUGUGAACGACCUCACAAAAAAAUUGGAAUUGAGCAUUAAGCCUUGCAGUGUGAACGUAGUGUAUGUGUCAGCCCUGUGAUGACCUGGCGACUUGUCCAGGGUGUACCCCGCCUUUCGCCCGUAGUCAGCUGGGAUAGGCUCCAGCUUGCCUGCAACCCUGUAGAACAGGAUAAAGCGGCUAGAGAUGAUGAGAUGAGAUCUCAUAUGCACAUACUGAGCAGUUUAUUAGGAACACCUGGCCAUCCAAUCAGAUUGCAUGAACGAGCAGGUGUUCCUAGUAAAGUGGACAGUUGGUGUAUAUUGUUGAAGGAUUUUGAUUAGCUGUCAAUCGUAUUCACUAACCUGGGGUUUAAAUGUUUUCUCAACCUGGCCAUAGUGACCCAGAACUUGGAAACUAAUCAACUCCGAAGUGAAGAAGCUCGUUAUAAAUGUUACGUUAAUGCUGUUCUUCAGUCAGGCUAAUGUGUUCAUUUUCUUCUGCCAUAUUAUUUAACGUAUGUCUGUAUUUUAGUUUGAUAUUACACAAAUAAGUUGUCUAAUGUUAGGUUUUUUUUUUUUGUCCUGUUGAGUUGUGUAAUUCUGACCUUUGACCCUGAGUUAUAGUUGCGUGAGAUGAGUUUUUCAUUCCUGUUGUGUAUGCAGUGGAUAUGCAGAUGAAAACCUUAUGUAUUUACUACAUAAAAGAAGAAAUGUUUUAUGCAUACAUAUGUAUGUUUAUCCUCACAGCUAACAGACUGAUCCAGUAACGUUCGGUUCAGUAGAUUUAUCCAAACACGUGGAGUGAUCGGACACUGUGAGCUCCAGCGGUGAAGCCGUGAUCUCUCACACUCAGACACACACAGAGUGCUGCUGUAUUUCACUUAAUGAAAUUAACAAAGACUAUGUUUUUAAGAUGACUUUUAAGACUGUGAUGCUCUUCAGUACACGUGUGGAACUAAAAUACUGAUGUAUUUACAUAUCUGUAUAAUGUACAUGUGUAUAUAUAAUUAUACAGGUCAACACACUGAUGUUUUCAGAUUAAUACAAUAAAAUGUAUUCAGUUCAGUUAAAAACUCA